CUGACACUAUAAACCGCCCUUUGGGUAGGCGGUUUGUAAUGCCGAGACUUAAACGCUCUUUCCUAAAGCGUUUUGUGGUAGGGUUAGCCUAUAACCGCUCCUUCCAAAAGCGUUUUGUUCUGGAAAUUAAAAACGUUUUUCCGUGGCGCGGUUAUUAUGUAAAACGCUUCCUGGAAGCGCAGUUUUAGUAAAAACCGCUCCUUAGAGGCACGAUUUUAAAUAAAGGAUGAUAUUUUUGGAAAUUAUUUGAAGUGGGUGGUAUUUUUGUAAUUUUUUUUUUAAUCAGUGGUAGUUUUGAAUUUUUUUCAGAGUUGACGCCCGCUCGCUAGCUAGCUACUGCUAGCUUCCUGGAUAUGGGUGAGCCUAUGGGAGGCCAAAAAAGUUAUUGAGAUGGGAACGGUAAAAGUCAUUGGAUCAGGUGAGGAAACAUGGGUGGAUAAGGAUCCGUGGGUCCCUACCCUUCAGAAGGGGACUAUUGGAAGCGGCCCUCAGAACCACAUCAGAGUCAAGGAGUGGAUUGAACCGGGAGAAAGGAUCUGGAACUCAAACCUCAUUCAGGGAAACGUGACGGAGGAUGAAUUGGAAGCUAUUUUGAGAAUCCCUAUUGGGGAAGAGGAUUCGGAGGACUUUUGGGCUUGGAAAUUUAAUAAUGAGGGCAAUUUCACUGUCAAAUCAGCGUAUCACGCGAUCCAUGAGACCAACACCAUCACUGCGCCGCCAGGGAAUUCUGAUAAGUGGAAAUGGAUUUGGUCUCUACAGCUGCCCCCGAAACUCAUUUUCUUCAUUUGUAGAUGUGCAAAGAAUGGGAUUGCCACGAAAGAGAGGUUGAGGCAUCGUAAAUGCUCUCCGGAUGCGACAUGCCCGGUUUGCCAAAAUCAACUUGAAUCCAUCGUCCACUGCAUGUUUGAGUGCCAGCAUGCGUUAUCUUCGUGGAACAACAUUUUCCCAUCUCUUCCACUUCCACCUCAAUCCACCACCUUCUUUGAUUGGUUCUGCUCAUUGAAAGACAGUGUGCAGCCCAAUAGUCUCAUCUUGAUUGUCUACCUCUGCUGGAAUAUCUGGAAAGCAAGGAAUGAGCGUGCCUUCAAGAAUCGUAUCCCGUGGCCCCCAAAUACCUGUAGGCAGACCGUCAGGGAAUUCACCGAAUGGACAUCGUGCCCGAGACUAUCCCAACCUCAUGUCCAAACAUCUUCUGUUCAGCUCAGGGAUAACCUACCUCAUCCUUCUCCACCGCCAAGCAAUCACCACAUGGUGAUUCACUGUGAUGGGUCGUUCAUAAGCGACUCCCAGCCGGCGGCUUAUGGUGUUGUUGUUAUUAACCACCAUGGACAAGUAUGCGAUGGGCGAGCUGACAUUUUACUUUGUUCCACCCCGUUUGAAGCUGAAGCGAAGGCGCUUUUGGAAGGUCUCAAAUUAGCCCAAGAAUAUGGAGGAGAAUGUAUUGUCCAAUCAGACUGUCUUAAUCUUGUUCAAGCUCUCAGACAGGACAAAGCGAGAUGGCCAUGGAGGGGAGCGGCAUGGAUGGGAUCCAUGAAAUCGAUCCUUCAGGCCUCAAAUCGCAUUGAGGUCAGGUUUGUUCAUAGAAAGUUUAAUGCUAGAGCUGAUUGGGUGGCCAGGUCUUUGGCAAGAAAUUCACUCCCAGAUGACUGGAUUAGUAUUCUUGAUCUAAUUUCCGAUUUCCUUUAGCCUUGUAACCGCCGUUUUUGGUUUCACCAGAGUGGAAUAAAGUUCAUCUUUGGUAAAAAAAAAAAAAAAAGCUAGCUACUGCUAAUCAUUCAUAGAAAGUCAAUCUGGUUCUCGUUCGUCUGCCAUCUUUCUUUGCAGGAAACAAAAAUAUAAGAAAAGAUCUAUUGGCACUGGGAUGGAACAGUGAUAGAUGCUUCUGGAUUACCCAUUGCCCAAGGUAAAAAAAAAAAAAGAGAAGAUUGACUGCAACGUUACGUCAACUCGGUAGAUCGCUAUCCCCCGCCCGUAACUUUCACAGCUCACGUGAGUGACUAUGGUAAAAAAGCACAUUAUAUUUUAUUUUAAUAAGAGAAGGGAAGGGAGGGUGAGACGUACAAGGAUACGCUACGGUCAGGAGCAAGUGUAUUGGUCGGUGGGUUCGGGUACUUUAAGAUCGGACGGCUGAAAGUGGAGAUGAUAAAUUAAAAGGCUUUCACAUCUCUACCAUCUAUCCUGAUUAGUUUACUCUCCGAUCGUACACGUCUUGGCGCAACUAACCGUGGUGAUUGUGCCACGUGCGUUGUCAUGGGGGACCGUGGCAGGUGCUCGGUAGGAGAAUUAGGUGACUGGAUAAUAUAUGAUGUCUGACUGACUGAGAGGGAAGUCAAAAAACAGAGACCUGGUCAAAGCCCACAAACAACGAAACGCAAAGAAGUGAUUGCUUGGCUUCACAUGGACGGUUAACUAACAAGGGUGUGAACGUUUUCUGUAGGAGUGAAAUAGUCAACAUUAUCUGCUCAACACUCGUCUUGUUAUUUUUUUGUCAAAAAGAUAUUAUGUUUUUUUUGAAAAGAUAUUAUCUGCUCAAUACUCUUGAUACCAACCAGGUCUGAAAAUCAAAGAAACGACUCACAAUCGAAUACAAAGAAAGGGUUUUCCUAACUACCAGAUGAGUUACUCUAUUGUUCUCUCGUCCUACAAAACGCACACUAAAACCAGGCUGAGUACGACAACACUCGUCUUGUUAGGCCAAGGCAACCGGAUGAUAUAUGAUGUGUCGCAGCAUGCUUACAAGACUCCAAAACAUCAUAUUUGUGAUGGGUCAGAACAGAAUGCACGUUGCUAAAACUAAUAUAUGAUAUCUAUUAUGUGCAGGACAGACAUAUGGUACAGUGUUGGUAUUUCUUUUUUGGUACGAAACAAUGUGGUAUUUAUUUUGUUAACAUAGCAUUCGUUCCAACGCAAAUUUAAAAAAUAAUUGAGGAAGGUGCCAUUUUUACUCGGCAUAACUUUGUAUAGAAAAAUCCGUUCAGUGCUUGCCCAUAAGUAUUUGACUAGCGUUUGCAUGUUUACUUGACUUACACGUAUGUUAUAACCUUUGUGCAUUUGCAAAAAAAAAAAUUCAAUCAUCACACGACUUGACGACUAGCAAAGUCUAACUGUCCAAGAGAAUCAAGCAUUGCCCAAAACGUUGUCCCAUUAGAAAACCCGAUCGAUCAUGACCAUUGCACAUUCCUCCAACAUGGAUAGGACUGUCAAUUUGAUUUGGUUUGGUUAACCAAACCAUUAAGUAUGAAAAAACAAAAAUAAAAAACCAAAUCCCAAAACCCAAAACCAUUAAGGCUCUUAUUGGUUUUUGGUUGGAUAACUAAAAAACCAACAUGUACUCAUACACUCAUAUUUAUUCCUAUUUCCUUUCUUUUUAUUGAAUAGACGUCAUAAUAAUGG